UUACGUAUCGAGACGCGAAGCAGCGACCUACCCACUUACAAUGGUCGCGAGUGAAGCAGUAAGGACCAGUUGGAUUUACGCCACCCAUCGAUAAGUGUGUCAAGUACAAAAAGAAGAGGUUUUUGGGCUGUUCCUUCUUAACGUUCAUUCAAGAAGAGGAUUGCCUCAAGUUUUGUGAUUCCUUAUGUUAAGUCCAGUUCUUGCAGAAAAAUGGGAUUGAGGUUACUUAUUCUGGCGGUCGUCGGUUUGGGAUCGCUGUAUGUGAUGCAUCUUCUGGCGCAGGAUUUUAUGAAAUUAUCGAAACCGCUUUUCGCGGCAUCAGGGAAACGAGACACAUCUAGAUUUAAUCGGACAGCAGAACUGAGUAACUUUGAAAAGCAAAUAGACUGGAACGGAAUGCUUAAACGAGAUCCACUGAAAUGCUCGUUAUCACUUAUUUGCCAACUAGCAGCCGGUGCCGAAAUAAAAAAUGAGGCUGCAAAUUCAAUCUACGAGUUUAUUCAAUAUAGCGUGGAGAACAACAAAAACGUUCCGAGGAAGAUAAUCCAUUCAUUUGAACGAGGACUGAGCUUCAACAAAUUUAACAAAACGGAUUUUGAGCACUGUUAUCCGCACUAUCCGCUGUGCAUUUACUCGGCCAAAACCAUGAUGAAACUGUUGGACCUACAUUCGAAAAUCUUCGGCACGGGAACUUAGCAUUCUCAUCGUAAGAUGUGUUGUAAAUAUAAAUAAGAAUAAGUUAUCCAGUUAUGCUCGAGUUACCAUUCCACAUAAUGCCCUUGUGUGUAUUGAACUGCAUCAUGCGAGACAAAUACCAUUACUUCAUAAGUAGAAAUUAAAAUAACUGUCGUUAUCUAAAUUUUACAAUCACAUUCCUAUUAAAUUGUAGUAAAGUUUCACAUUAAUUAUCCAUAAAAACGGUUCAAAGAACAUCUGUCAACGGAAAUUCGAAAUGGGUUGAGAUAACACAGAAAUUAAAAACCCUCUUAAAAAUUAGAAUAAUAUAUCCAACCAUGUACAAAUCAAAAGUUGAUAUCAAUAAAUUUAUAAGGACCGAUCAACCUUUUGUAAUCGUGCAUUUUGUCAGAAAAAUAUACUACCUAGACCUACAGAAUGUUCGAAAUGCAUCCACAGCGAGAACAAAUUUCAAAAUCAUCCAACAUGUCAAAAUCAAAAUCAAAACACGGAAUUAAUCUAAAUAUAAGAAGUUAUGCACAGUAAAAAUAAUGAGGGAAACCGAUUUGUUCGAUUGUUGAAAUAUAGCUAUGUUCAGAAUUCGAUAAAUAACUUUACUGUUGGCGGAAAUGAGGAUGAGAAUGGGUCACUGUUUCAAGAACUUGAAAUGCAUGUAGCAAAUUGAUUCAAUAUGUCUUUAAACUUCUUACCAACAGGUGUACUGUUUUUAACAAAAGUACCUUAUUCCACACAAAAAAUCAAUAUCUCUGAAACACCCCCUACACGAUAGUAUUAAGGCUCCCCCAAACCUAAGCGAUUUCAUCGCCGCGACGGCGACAACUAGUCGCCGCGAUUCUAUCGUUGGAUCGCUGCAGGCAAUGUUCUGUUUAUGCUUCCAUACCAAUGGCGACAGAAUCGCUGUCGCCAAGCGAUAGCAUCGCGUCGCGACUGUCGCGUCGCAUGUGUUUGGGGGAACCUUUAUAGUAUUAUCUUGCAGUUAGUCAAUUUACAAAAUGUACUAUCGGUGGACAAAUAGGGGAACGGUUCGGCACUUAAUCCCAUAGCUCCUAUUUUCAUCCCAUCAAAAACAAAGCAAUGAAAAGGAAUUUGGUUGGUUUCUUAUUUUUGUGAUUUUUUUCACCAGUGAGCAAGCGUGUGAGCAAAAAGAAGCGACGAGAUUGGUGCUGUAUUUCUUUGUUUUGCGAUUAGAUGAAUAUAUGUUCAGUAAGAUGAAAAACGGAACAGUUCCCCUAUAUAAUACAUUUUGGGGGAAGUACAAAACUGCUAUUAAUCAAGAUUUGAAUGGAAUUUGCACUUAAAAAUGCUGAAAAAAAAAUUUUGAAAUUACCCAUGACAUGAAAGAGGAGAAUUUUUUUUUUCGCGUAUUGGAUAUUUUAGAGAUAGACUAUAGAGGCAGCGUGACGACUUUUUGACUUUCAUUUUUUAACAACAACACUUUUUUUAAAUUUUAGUCGACUGAUCCAGUACUGAGUUUUCAUUUUCACUGAGAGAGGUCACGCGAUAUUUACACUUUAUUCUCUCCCACUUUCAUAGAAAACAUAAACAAUGAAAGGAAUUCUGUCAAAUUUUCACGGAUUUUCAUUUCAUGAAAGCGCAUCAAACUAUUGUAAACAAGCUGUUUCUUCUUCAAUAAUGUUACUUCUAACUCGAAAAUCAAAAACAAUACAAUCAUUUUAUCGACUAGUCAUCGUUAUUUGCACAGAUCUAUUAAAACUAUUUAGAAAUUUGGAUUUCAAAACAAAGCAACAUUCCCAUCAUGACUGCUUGUAAUGUGACAGGUGACCGGGAGACGGCUACAUUUUCAUUUGGUCUCUUGAAAAUGAAAAUGCAACUGUUUUCGCUUUCACAUGACAGUCACGAAAACUACCAGUACUGGACUGAUCUACUAAGCAAAAAAUAUCGAUUCUAUUCUAAAUGUUGAAUGAAUCAGUUGAACGAAAUCGAUCGUGUUUAAAAUGUUAUUUAGAAAAAGUCCAUAGAAUUACAUGAUGCCAUUUUGAGCGGUGUGGUAAUUAAAAAUAUGAUCUACCCGCGAUAGCGAUAACCCAGUAUCAGUUCUGAUAGCGGUAAUAACAACAAUGUAAACCAUAAUGUAGCUUAACAGUUUCUAACCCAUGACAAUAUAAAAUCAAAAGAGUGUUUUGUUUGCUUAAGAAUUCUAAUAUACAUAAAAAAUCAAGGCGUCAAACUGUAAUUACAUUCAAAUGUUUUCGUGGUUUCAUCAUUAUUUUACUGACCAAAUUAGGCUAAAUAUACGAUUAGUAACUAAUAAUAAGCAAAUGCUAUCAUCUUAUAAGGUUCUCCUUUGGACUACACUUUAAUAAAAUGGAUGAUUAAAAUUAGAAUAGCAACUCAACUCAAAAACAUCUUUAUCCUGUGACACGUGCUCCAGAAGAAUUUCAUAUUGAAAUUAAUAUCUCCUAUAAAUCUUCUCUUAUCUUAACUAAAGUGCCUGCAUUAUACAACCGAUUUGACAGCAAACGUGCUGUUCCAGUUUUGGCAUUGCGUCUUUUUGUUAUUAAUCCAGUCUCGUUACUCUCAACUAUCUGCAAUCUGUAAUAAAAGUAAGUAAACCAA